UGCUCGCGCUGCUGUCUAUGAAGGGACGCGGACGAAUGUUUUGCGUCUCUUGUUAAACAUACUGGGAUUACUUCAUUUUUUUCAUCAGGAGUAGCAGUGGACUAAACAGAAAGACACAAGGGGACCUCAAAAGAGGACAUCAGGAAUUAAAGGAAUUAUAGGCUUGUUAUACGUGCGCAUAUACCCCCAGUUGCGCCCACUUCACCGGACAAAGUUUAUUUUUUUGUCGACGGUCCCAUGCAGCUGGAUCUGAGUUUGAAUUAAGACAUCAGAUAGGAGAUAUCGAUGUGACAAGACCCUGGACAGUGAACCAUGGUGAAGACUGUAUGGAGAUAGACAUCCUCAUCCAACAAGGGAAUAGAAUUAUAUUUUGUAACAUCCUCUUUUUCCAAGGAAUCUUUGGAGGUGUGUCCUAUAUCUAAAGCAAUUUUUCCAGCAUGGCAUCCAGCCUAACAUGUACAGGGAUGAUCUGGACUCUGGUGUCCCUGCUGAGCGCAGCAGCCUCAUGUGUGGGCUUCUUUAUGCCGUACUGGCUGCUGGGCUCUCAGAUGGAUAAGCCGGUGUCUUUUGGCACUUUCCGGCGGUGCUCGUAUCCUGUCCGGGACGAAGAGAGGCAGGCCACUGUCAUGCUGGAGCAGUGCGGGCGCUAUGCGAACUUUCAGGGCAUUCCGAGCAUGGAGUGGCGGAUCUGUACGAUACUGACGGGGAUUGGAUGUGGUCUGCUUCUGCUGGUGGCGCUGACGGCGCUCAUGGGCUGCUGCAUAUCAGACCUCAUUUCCAGAACCAUCGGACGCGCAGCCGGGGGUUUACAGUUUGUUGGAGGUCUGCUCAUUGGUUCAGGAUGUGCUCUGUAUCCUCUCGGCUGGGACAGUGAGGAGGUCCGACAGACAUGCAACAACAGCUCAGACCAGUUUGAACUCGGCUCUUGCCAGAUCGGAUGGGCAUAUUACUGCACCGGGGCAGGCGCCGCCUCCGCCAUGUUAUUGUGCACUUGGCUUGCAUGUUUUGCUGGCAAGAAACAAAAGCAAUAUCCAUACUAGAAGAUCCAUAGUAGGACGGAAGCCUGAGAAACAGUGGGGAUCGCCUCUGCUGCCCAAGGCAUGACAGUUUUCCUACUUUAAUCCAACUCCAAUUCCAGUUCUCAAGCACUCUGCAGUCAUAAAGACUUGUACUGCUCAUACGGACAUUUGUGUAACAAACAUGAGCAUGAACUACUCAAAGAGACUUGACUAUUGACAGUACUUCCUGUGAUCUCCUGUGAAGCCAGAGACUGUUUAAUGCAUAAGGACCAAUUAUUGAUUUUUUUAUAACCACUGUUGUGACUUUUACAAGUGUGCUUGCUUCUUUUUUGCUUUCUCUUGAAUUGGUAUUGUAAAAAUGAGCUCUGGUUCAGUUAUAAGAAACAUAACAAUUUACUUGAAUCUGUACAAUGCAUUAUAAAGGUAUUCUUAAAUACAUCCGUAUAUAAGUUGUAUGUUCUUUAAAGAUGUCUUUAUAGUGCAUUAAACUCUUUAAAGGUGUAACCAUGAAAAGUUAAGUAUUAUAUUGUAUUAUGUAUUAACUAUUGUUACAAUUACUGUAUUUAUAUAAAAGAUAACGCAUUGCUGUGUGUAUUAUAAAUGAUUAUGAAUGCAUUAUAAUCAGUGUUGUGUGUAUCGAAUUAAGAAGUGAUUAGUUACUGUAAUCUAAUUACUUUUAGUCAAAAAAGUAAUGUAAUACAUUACAUUUAAAAUUCUUGUAAUCAGAUUUCCAUUAAAGUUUUAAAGUAAUACUUAUAAUACAUUUAAAAUAUGAAUUCAUAUGUAUGUCUGUUAGCAUUCCUGUGACAGCUGAAGGAUGUGCAACAAUGAUUUAGGAGGAAAUAUAGAAAUUUUGAAUGAGCAGAAAACCAAAAACUUUUCUAUGAAAAGUGUUUUAGAAAGAAACUUAAAAUUAAAAUAAUUAGAAAUGUGAUUAUAUGUGGGUAUUUUUUUUUUAGAGAAGUAAUUAAUAAUUUGUAGUAGAUUACUUAUUUUGAGUAAACACUGAUUAUAAUGCAUUAUAUAUAUACAGAUUUCAAGUAAAGUGUUAUGAUAUGUUCAUUAUUAUUGUGGAGUGUUUAUAUUUAUAUACACAUUGUGAAAUGCAAUAAUAUUCUUGGUUAAUAUCUCUAUAUUGACGCUUUGUUUUAAAGCUUGAUAAUUUUUAUAUAAAUGUAUGUUAGACAUAGAGAGUACAAUAUAUGUUCUGAUGAAAUAUGUUUUUGUCUUAUUGACAUAUUGUGUUACAAAGACAACAAAGAGGAAUCCUGAAUUAUUUGAUUUAUCUUGUGUUUUUAAAUAAAAUCUGUUU